GUUAAAUGCAGGUAAAUAGGUAGACAGCGAAAGGAAGUCACAACUUUUUUGCCUUUGCUAAUAAGAGAGAACAGACAAUAUGGGGCUUUGCAUCCUGACAAGACGAUGACCUCUGGACCUGGUAAAAUGGAAAAGGCCUGCUUUAGUAUGAUUCUGACUAUCAACACACGUGUUCUAACUGGAAUCUGAUGAAUUCAAGAGUAAAAUCCAUCUAGUGGCUUUCAAAGAAACAUUUUUUAGAUUUUGACUGACAUGCCCGGAUCUAUGCAGAAACUUGGGUUGUAAAUAGCCAAGCUAUGAGUGGGCAAAAGAAUCCUGACUUGCCCAGUCAAAUGAAGAUGGACUUGGGUCAACAAACAGAAGACAGAAAUAAUACUAAAGUGUUUGAAAAAUUGAAAAAUUUACAAGAUAAUGGAGUAAACCCCGAUCUAACUAGGUCUGGACCAAAGAAGGUAGCCGAGCAAAGCAAAACUUCAAAAAUUGUUAAUUUUUACGAUUCUUUCCAAAAGGAUACACAAACACCACCUUCAACCAGUAACAGUAUUGUUACGGCUGCAGAAAUGGAAACUGAAGAUAUAUCACCUCCGACAUAUGGCAAAGUUAUGACCAAAAACUGUAUGAACAAUGCAGAGGACACUUUCCAAUGUAAGAAGAAUACAUGUGACACAGAGGGUCAUGAACAAAUGAUGUCACCAAUACCUGUACAGAAAACAAGACCUGUGCAGGACAGGAAACACAGUUAUGCCACUUGUCUUUGUAAAGAGUGUGUGGAAAAUUACAGCAAUAUAUCUCAAGAAAAAAGACUGAAGGUGAAAAAAAACAUGAGGAGAACCUGAUUAACUUCUCUGAUGACAGCACUGUUGAGAAGGUACAUAAGACCAUCUGUAACUCAGAGAAUGCAGGUUCAUCUAAAAAAACAGAAAUAAGUGUCAGGUAUGUAGAUGCCCAGAUAACAAAGGUUGAAGACAGAAAUAAUACCCAGGAGUAUGAAAAACUGAAGGCUCCUCCAGAUAAUGAUGUGAACACAAUAUCAACUUUGUCUGAAUCACAGAAGGUAGUUGAACAAAACAAAACACCAAAAAGUGUAAGUUUUCAGGAUUCUGAAGCCAUGGCAACCUCUGUCCAAACUGAUACACAAGCACCUUCAUUCGAGAAUGAUGGUAAUAUAAAGGCUGAAAAAAUGGAAAAUGGAGAUGUAUCAUCUCAGACAAAUGAUGAUGUUAAUUCCAAAAACCAUAUGGACAAUGCACAGGACACCUUGCAAUGUGAGGUAGCUAAAUGCAACACAGUGGGAUCUGAGCAAACAAUGCCACCAGUACCUGCACAAAGAACAACAUUUUUGCAGUUCAAGAAACUCGGUUAUGACACUUGUCUUAGUAAAGAGAGUGGAGAAAAUUCCAGAAGUCAUGAAAUCUUACAAGAACAGACAAGUGAAGAGGAAAAAAGAGAUGAAGAAAAGGAAAUUGAAUUAUUUUCUGACAGCACCUCAGAGGAUGUAAGGAAGAGAAUAUGUAACACAGAGAUUUCCAGGAAUUCAAGUACAUCUGAAGAAACAGAAAUGACCAAUGGGUACGAAGAUGCCCAGGUAACAUUCCUUCGUACCCUUAUGACAAAAAAACACCAGAACCUAUUACAAGGCUGAGCAAUGCAGGACUCUAUGAGCAAAACAAGUAUGAUGGAGAUGAUAAUAAAUGUCAAGAACUUAACCCAUCCGUUUUUGUACAGGAUAAUCAUCAGCAUGAGAAACAUUCAAACAAUGUACAAAAGAAGGAAAAUAUGGAAAUGCAUGAGAUGGACAUUGAGAACGGAAACCAUGAGGCUAGACCUCUUCUUAAUCCUACAUGCACUAGAUCAGUUGAUGAGGAAUCCUUGUACCUAAAACCACAGUGUUGCCGCUUUGACAGAGUUUGCCUAAAAAUAGUAUUAUCCUUUAUUAUCUCUGUAAUCAUUUUACCUCCUUUGAUGUAUGGCGCAUAUGCCUUAUUGCCCUUUGAUGUCCCAGUAAUGCCAGAUGUAACCACCAGACUUGUCUACACAUUACGAUGUGGAGUCUUCGCUUCUUUCCCCAUUGUUCUCGGUGUUAUAAUCCAAGGAAUUUCUCGGCUUUGCACAUCUUAUUUCGACCCAUUUAAACCAAAAGUGCGAGAGGUGACUAUUCACCAACGUUUUGUCAAACAGGGCACUUUUCUGUUCGUCCUCUAUAUUUUUAACCUUGCUGUUUUGGCAACGUACCUUCCUCAGGAUUAUCUGAAGCUUAUCCCAUUACUCAUCUGUCUUUUUGUCAUCUCACAGUUAAUUUACUGGCUGUCCUUUGCAGUUGGAAGACCAUUCCGCAGUUUUGGUUACGGCAUGACAUUCAUGCCCCUUGUCUGCAUGUUGGCAUGUAACCUCUUCUUCAUAUUUAUUGUUGAUCCACAUAAGAUGGUGUUCCUAGGGAAGGAGACUAAUUCUGAAGCAAAAGUCAAAAGCUCUGGUUGAAAGUCUGGCAAAUCUUCCAAGAACAUAUUGACAAUGGGAAUGAAACAUUUGACUUCAUCUUUGCUAUACAUUUUGGAGAACAAACACUAUCAGACUUUUGCACAAUGGUUUGAAUUAGACAAUUGUAAUAUUAAAUUUAAGUCUCUGCUUGGAUAAUAUAAUUAACAUGCAUUCUAAUAGGUUGCUUUGAUGUAGAAUGACCCACUACAUUGUAAACAAUUGUUGUUUCUUAUUGUUUGAUGACCUGUGGCUGGGUAUUAGCCAUACACUUUAAAGCUGUAGAAAAUAGCUGUAAUAUACAGAACCUAAACAUUUUAUAUAUUUUUUUAAUAGUUUGUGGUGAUAAAACUGUACCAUAUUUAUGAAGUAGAUUUUCUAGAUUUUAACAAAAAAAAAUCUGUUUUCAUAUACAUAUGAACCAUAAAAUAACUAUAAAAAUAAAAGCUGAGUAUUUAUAUUGUUAAUAAAAUUAUUUGUAUAUAUCUUUAAAAACAAA